AUGUUUUGCAAAGCAUUCCCCAGGUUGGCCACGCGGCCAUUGAGAAGUAGCAAACUACUCUUUACACCACCACCGCCAAUUAGACGUCCAGUUUUAAAAUCAAGCGUUGGUUCAUCAUCAGUCAUAGUUCUCGCCGGGAUAGUAGGAGGGACAGUGUUGGGGUAUUAUUUGCUCGACUCGCGCUCGUCGAUCCACGAAUACGUAAUCUGUCCCUUGAUACGCACGUUCACCGAUGCAGAAACAGGCCACAAGCUCGGCAUUUUCCUACUCAAGCAUGGCUUGGCUCCAAGAUUACUCGACGAAGGUAUCAACGACCACGCCGACGUGUUGGGCGUUUCCGUGUUUGGCAAAAAGUUGAAGAACCCAAUCGGUUUAGCUGCUGGCUUAGAUAAAGAUGGGGAAGCCAUUGACUCGUUAUUCAACUGCGGGUUCUCGUACGUUGAAAUUGGAUCAAUCACACCCGAACCGCAGCCAGGCAAUCCCAAACCGCGGUUUUUCCGCUUGGGUCGCGAUGACGCUGUCAUCAACCGAUACGGAUUCAAUUCACAAGGACACUUUAACGUUGUCGCGACGUUGAGAUUGAGAUUCAACGCCUGGAUAACCAAGUUCAAGCAAACCCACACGGCGGACUCGACCCCUUAUUCCAACGCGUUCCAAUCGGGCAAAUUGCUCGGUAUAAACUUGGGCAAGAACAAAACUGGCGACGAAGUACAAGAUUACGUGCAAGGUGUAUCGAGAUUGGGACCAUAUGCAGAUAUCUUGGUGGUGAAUGUCUCGUCGCCCAACACACCUGGUUUACGCAAUUUACAAAACGAAGCCAAGUUGACCAACUUGCUCCAAGCAGUAGUAGCAGAACGCGAUACCCACCUCAAGCAGAACCUUCUCGGUUCCAAACCUCCCAUCCUCGUCAAGAUCGCGCCCGAUUUAACCGAGCCCGAAAUUGAAUCGAUUGCCACUUCAGUGAAACAAGCGAAAAUCGACGGCAUCAUAUUAUCAAACACCACGAUCCAGAGACCAGCUGUGAAAUUGCUCACGUCCGACGAGGAAUUGAUCAAUCAAGCGGGUGGAUUAUCUGGUAAACCACUCAAGGAAAUCUCGUUGGCUGCAUUCCAAAAGUUGAGCAAAUACACGAAAGGUUCCGGGUUGGUCUUGGUUGGAUGCGGUGGGAUAAGCAGUGGCAAAGAUGCGUUGGAGUUCGCGAGAGCUGGUGCUUCGUUUAUUGAGUUGUACACCGCGUUUGCUUAUCAAGGUCCCGGUUUAGUUGCAAAGAUUAGAGAUGAGUUGGUGGUGGAGUUGAAGAAAGAGGGCAAGACUUGGCAGCAGAUUGUUGAUGAAAAUCGUUGA